UACAGUCAGACAGGUUUUGUCGAGUGAAGUACAAUCAUUUAGGAUCUUCUUCUACUCAAAGACACAAAAGUCUACAGGAGCAGGCAGGAUGUCUGUGACCAUGGCCAAAACUAAUGGGGUCACCGUGUUGACUUUGACCGCUGACCCCCAAAGCCGUUAUCCUCCGCUGUGCCAGAUCCUCAAAGGCCUUUGCUACAGCCCUGUGUGCUGCUCUGUGUCUCAGCACCUGAGGAGGCUCCAGAAAAAUCUGUCAGUCCUGGGGGCUCUGCAUAUCAUGGUUGGGUUGCUCAACAUCGGCCUUGGAGUGAUCCUCCAAGCAAGUCAUAGUGGCGCAGGGUGGCAAAUGCAAGACACGCGAUUUCAUAUUUGGUUGGGAGUACUGUUUAUCAUAUUUGGCAUCGUGAGCAUCUUGUCUGAGAAGUACCCCAGUCCAUGUCUGGUCAUCCUCAAUGUGAUUUUGAAUCUGGCAGGAGUUGGUUUUGCCAUUGCAGCCAUUGUACUCUACAGCAUCAAUGUGGCACAUAUAUGGGGUUGGUGGAUGUGUCAGUCUUAUUACUACCGUUCACGAAACAGUACACCAUCUCCUCGAGUAGACAUCGUAAUGGAGAAAUGCUUGAAAGGCAAAGCACUGAUUCUGAUGCUUCUAAGAAGCAUCAAUGCUGUGCUGAUCGUCCUGUCGGCCCUGGAGCUCUGCGUCGCCAUCAGCUGUGUCGUGUUGGGGAUCAAAGCUCUGAAGAGCAGUGAGAAGAGAGAAAACAAGAGCACUUAUGACCCAGAACUCUACAAAACACUGCUGGAGGAAGUCACCACUGACCCUGCAGUCUAAAUGACAGUCUGUGCUUUGUGCUGUUGCUAUAAUCCUGCGCAUGUAUACCGUUGACUGUAUGUAUUGUAUCAAUGAUUUACACUAAUGAUCAGGUACAGUCUCUGCCAAGCUAUUCGUUUACUAUAAGGGUUGCUUGAAAAUAUUAGUAUUAUAAGUAUUUUUUUAAUCUGCACUGAAUUGUAAAUGCUGCUAUUUUAUUCUGAUGUUUUACUAAUUGUUUGUAUUCAUGCCAUCAGUUUAAAUAACUAGUUGUAAAAAAAAAUCUAUUGCUUGGGUUCUAGUUUCUAAACUGUCAUCUAUUAACAGGUCGUAUUUUCCUAUUUUCUUGUGAGUUUUUAACCUACAAUUAACAAAUUUAAUCCAACACAUGAAAUGUCUCAUUCAGUUUCAUGUCAGCUAUCUGUUUUUGAGACUGAUUCUUGUAUAUUUGAUGCAAUCUUUUUUUUAUUUUACUGUUUUAUCCACAAAAUAUAAAUCAACAAAUUGAAAGGAAUCAUUUUCUCCACUUGGACUAUUAUCCAGGCAGUGCGAGGAAGUCCUGGAGACUGCAUUUAGAUCAUGCAGUGAGAUAAAACUUACAGAAAAUGUAAUUGACAAGUGAACAGUUUAAUGACCAAAAUGGGGUUGUGCUGGGGGAAUCUGGACUCAUGUCCUGCAUGUCAUUGCCACCUUUUCUUUGUUUUUGGUUGUAAGAACGGAAAACAAAUAAAAAUGCACUGUAUUCACAAUGAUCCUUUUUAGCUGACUGAUCAGCAAAGGGUUAAGUUUCUUGAUGGCUUCCAUAUCAGGGGGAGGUACAUCUGGAAAGAGGUCCUCUGGAAGGAAGCUCCUCUCCUCCAUUACCGAGCAAUAACUGCACAACAGUGAGAGAGAUCAGGUGGCGCAAAAUAGUUUUGCUUCUGCUCCUCUACAGACAAAAAACGUAAGUCUUUACUCUGUUUGAUUCAGUUUGUUAAGUACCUUAAUUAAAUUUUAGCCUAUCCUUAUUUUGUGUGUGGUCUUGUACUGCUACCUAAGUAAAUCCACCCAUUAAAGACAUUCAGUGUACAUCAAGUUUGAUGAUACAUUUGGAUACAUUUUUCAAGUUCGAACCCACCAUCUUCUUGGCAACUUCUCAGGAGAUAAAAAGUGUGUGUCAGGCCAGUUUAAAAUACAUAAAACAGCACUUAAUCCGAUUAAAAUGCGGGUGACUUCUGUUAAAAUCAAUACAACCAAUACAAAAUCCAAGAUGGCACUUAACUUUUUCCUCGCUCAC